UCCUGUGGGCUUUGUGAGUUUAGGACGAUUUGGUUGUAAGUUUCAAGUGCUCUGAGUUCCCACAUCGACAGACAGACGCUUGGCUGUGCUUUGCUUUCCCAAGCCCUGUUUCGAAGUAUUUACUCCACAGCAAAGUCUGAGCAGAAUUUUAGUGGACUGCUUUUCCAGCCAGGCUGCAUGGCCCCUUGUGAUUUUGCAGACCGGCCGUGAUCGCAUCUGGGUGCGUUCUGGGGGAUGGCGCGUGUAACCUUGGGGGUGGUGGGGUUGCAUCUCCACAGAGAGACUGUCUCCUGAUGGCCCCGGUCCGCCACCUGAGGGUCAGCUGAAUUUGGUAACAAGAAGUGGACACACAGAAGGUGCCCGUCUCGACUCCCUGCUGGUCCAGUGGUUGAGAGCCUGCCUGCCAGUGUGGGGGACACAGGCUGGAUCCCCGGUCUGGGAAGAUUCCACACGCCUCGGGGGGUAGGGGGGGACGAAACCUGCUCGGCCUAGAGUCUGUGCACCGCAGGAGACCCCUGCCCUGGGCAGCCUGCGCCCCGCAGCCGAGAGAGCCACCCAGCAUCUGAGAGCCGGCGCCACAGGAGUGCUUUAUGACAUCUCUGUUGCUUGGUGAGUAAUCAGACAUGAAAACAGGCCCCGGAGAAUCAAGCUACAUCUAAAGAGGACCUUCUUAGGCACCGGAGAGGGCGCCAUGGAGUGCAAGUCCGAGGGGAAAGAGAAAUACCAGCACAGCUUGAACUUGCUGAACAGAAUUAACAGCAUGAAAGAGCUAGCGGAGAUGAUCGACGUUGUGAUCAUCGCGGAAGGGGAGGCGUUCCCCUGCCACAGACUGGUCCUGGCUGCCUUUAGUCCGUAUUUCAAAGCCAUGUUUACCUGCGGGCUGCUCGAGUGCACCCGGAGAGAGGUGGUGCUUCACGACAUCACGGCGGAAAGCGUGGCGGUGAUACUGCGUUACAUGUACCACGCGGCCCUGGAGGUCAGCAACGCCAACGUGCAGACGGUGGCCGUGGCGGCCUACUUCAUGCAGAUGGAGGACGUCUUCCAGGCGUGUCAGAAGCACAUGAUGGCCCACAUGGAUGCCUCCAACUGUGUCGGCAUCUAUUAUUUUGCAAAGCAGAUUGGAGCUGAAGACUUAGCCGAUCGAUCGAGGAAAUAUUUGUACCAGCACUUUGCCGAGGUGAGCUUACAUGAGGAGAUCCUAGAAGUGGAGGUGCACCAGCUCCUGACGCUGAUUCAGUCGGACGACCUGAACGUGUCCCGAGAGGAGAGCAUUCUGGACCUCGUCCUGAGGUGGGUCAAUCAUUGCCCGGACCGACGCACAGAGCACCUCGUGGAGCUUUUGAAGCAGGUGAGGUUGCAGCUGGUCAGCCCUGCCUUCCUGAGACAAGCCCUGAGGAGGAACACGGCGCUCCUGUGCGAUGCGAACUGCAUCGACCUCAUUCAGAACGCGUUCAAAGCCAUCAAGACGCCCCAGCCGCAUGCCCUGAACCUUCGUUACGGCAUGGAGACCACCAGCCUCCUGCUGUGCGUCGGCACCAAUGCUUCAGGGAUCAGGUCGAGACACAGGAACUACGGGGACGCCAGCUUUUGCUAUGACCCUGCAUCACGGAAGACCUAUUUCAUCUCCUCUCCCAAGUACGGGGAGGGUUUGGGCACCGUGUGUGCUGGCGUCGUCAUGGAAGACAACACUAUCGUCGUGGCUGGGGAAGCCAGCGCCUCUAAACUCUCCAGACAGAGGAGCAAGAACGUUGAAAUCUACAGGUACCACGAUAGAGGAAACCAGUUUUGGGAGAAGUUAUGCACGGCAGAAUUUCGAGAGCUCUACGCUCUGGGCGCCGUCCGUAACGACCUCUAUGUGAUAGGAGGACAGAUGAAAGUUAAAAACCAGUAUCUUAUCACAAACUGUGUUGACAAGUACUCUGUGGAACGGGACACCUGGAAAAGGGUGUCUCCGCUUCCUCUGCAGCUGGCGUGCCAUGCGGUUGCCACAGUGGACAAUAAACUCUACGUGAUUGGAGGCUGGACCCCUCAGAUGGAUCUUCCUGACGAAGAACCUGAUCGAUUGAGCAACAAGCUGUUGAGAUACGACCCCAGCCAAGACCAAUGGACGGAGCGGGCGCCCAUGAAGUACUCCAAGUACCGGUUCAGCACAGCUGUGGUCAACAGUGAGAUUUAUGUUUUGGGUGGGAUCGGCUGCGUCGGCCGGGACAGGGGCCAGGUCCGGAAGUGCCUGGACGCGGUGGAGAUCUACAACCCGGACGGGGACUUCUGGAGAGAGGGGCCCCCGAUGCCCACGCCCCUGCUUGGGCUGCGCUCCAAUUCCACCAGCGCAGGCGCCGUGGAUGGGAAGCUCUACGUCUGCGGGGGCUUCCACGGAGCAGAUCGCCACGAGGUUAUCUGCAAGGAGAUCCUGGAGCUGGACCCCUGGGAGAACCAGUGGAACGUUGUGGCCGUCGACGUCCUCAUGCACGACAGCUACGACGUCUGCCUGGUGGCCAGGAUGAACCCCCGCGACCUCAUCCCCCCGCCAUCGGAUCUGGUGGAGGAGGGCGGGGGCCGCUGAGGUCAGCGUUGCCCAGGGGCCUCCCGUGGUGUCUGUGGCAGAGGCACUGGGCGUGGGGGUCCACACGUACAUCCGUCACCCAGGACACGUGGGUUCGCAUGAGUAGUGGCCCCCAAGCAGAGCAGCACGUGCUGGGCGCCGCAGGGGAUGUGGGUUAUGCAGACAGAGGGGACCCAGCCUUUGCAGUGUCUUCCCCAUGGUCGGAGGGUAAGGACGGAGCUGCCCGCUUCAGUCACAGUUGAGCAGUACCAGGAAACAGCCUUCUCUCAAAAUACAAUUUAGGAAUGUUGUUUGAACAGCC